CCGGGCUGGUCCGCUCGAUGUUGCGUGUUUGGGAUUGUUGUGAUGGGAUGAGGCGGCCAUCUUGAUGAGAGGACGGCCGACUGGAUGUGCAACAAAACCAAACGCAAAUGUUCGCCGCCCUCCACCUCACUGCAGUUUAAAGGACUAUGGUCGUUCAACGUUUACUUUCGUCGCCACCUCCCAUUUGACUGCGGAACCACCAAGAUGGGCCAGCGUCGAGGCGACCGUUUAACUGGAUAAAUAUCGGACGAGGUCGGACGACGACCGCCGCAACAGCUCCGCUCUUCCCUCCUGUAUAUGGUUUACAUUUCUGGGUAAAGGAAUGACUAUGAAUGGAGGAUAAAUGUUGCCAAAGGCUGACAGCGGCAGUUUCGUCCUCUUCUCUCUGCUCUUUGUCCUCACGUUGACGGACCCGCCGCGGCCAGGUGCCCGGCUAGCACUGGCAAGAUUAUUGUCAGAGCAGCGCUGCAGCCCCGGGCAGUUUGCCUGCCGCAGUGGGAAGAUGCAAUGUAUCCCCAUAUCCUGGCAGUGUGACGGCUGGACGGCCUGUGAGGACCAGAGCGAUGAAAUGGACUGUCCCCCCAUAAAGGAAGAACGGUUUCGUUUCGGCCGGGGUUACGACCACGUGGAGGAUGUCAUUGGCGUGGCUCAGCCUGUGCGCUUCAAUAGUGAGUGUCCCUUUUGUUUCCACAACGAGAACUACGGGCAGGCGGCCGACACGUGCCAGAAGGUGGACGGUUCCCUGGCCACCUUCGUCACCGACGAGGAGCUGCAGUUCAUCCUCAAGAUCGAGGUGGACUUCGACGACGAAGUGUGCAAGCUCAGAGACCAGUGCAAGUUCUGGGUGGGCUACCAGUAUGUGAUCACCAACCAGAACCACUCUGUGGAGGGCCACUGGGAGGUGGUUUAUAACGGCCCCGUGCAGGUGUUCCUACCGCCCGACGGCCUCCCCAACCUGGGUGAGGCCAAUCAGGACAAUGUUUUCUGCGCCCAGCUGCAGCGUUUCCAGCUGAAGAGCAUGAACGAGCGCGGCCUGCACAGCUGGCAUGCCGAGAACUGCUACAAGGAGUUUCCCUUCCUCUGCAAACGCAAGCAAACGUGCGUGGACAUCAAGGAUAACGUGGUGGGCGAGGGCUACUACUUCACACCCAAAGGCGACGACCCGUGCCUGAGCUGCACGUGUCACGACGGCGAGCCCGAGAUGUGCGUGGCCGCGCUCUGCGAGAGGCCGCAGGGGUGCCAGCACUUCCGCAAGGACCCCAAGGAGUGCUGCAAGUUCACCUGUCUCGAUCCAGAUGGAAACAGCCUGUUUGACUCUAUGGCCAGCGGCAUGCGUCUGAUCGUCAGCUGCAUCUCGUCCUUCCUUAUCCUGUCCCUGCUGCUCUUCAUGGUGCAUCGCCUUCGACAGCGACGACGUGAGCGCAUCGAAACGCUCAUCGGAGGAAACUUGCAUCACUUCAACCUGGGCAGACGCGUCCCGGGCUUCGACUACGGCCCAGACGCAUUCGGGACGGGGCUCACGCCGCUGCAUCUGUCCGAUGACGGCGAAGGAGGCGCCUUCCACUUCCAGGAGCCCCCGCCGCCCUACGCCGCUUACAAGUACCCUGACAUCCAGCACCCCGACGACCCCCCGCCUCCCUACGAGGCCUCCAUCAACCCCGACAGCCUCCUCUACGUGGACCUCAGACACAGCGGCAUUCCAGUGUUGCCGGGCCACCACGUGACCACUGCGGUGGACGGGCUACAGCAGGCCCUCGACGCCCCUGCCGCCUCAAGCCCUGCGACGGUCUCCCAGGCCCGGGAGGACUCGGUAGACAGCAGCACGCUCCUGGUGGGACCCGACACCCCCACCACGGACGGCCCGGCCGCCCUGGGCACCGCCACGCCGUCCGACUGUGCCUCGCCGUCCUGCCUCAGCACGGCCGUCUAAGACAGACAGACAGACAGGACUGUUUGUGUAUAAAGAACACUAAUUUAAGGCUGCAUUUUUACUGAUCUCAUUGGUCCACACACCCCCAAGUCCCGCCUCCAGGAUGUAAAUAAGCCACUUGGGUAGGUGAACAUCUCACCCGAGCUUACGCCAUCGUGCUCCUGCUUCGACUCCAUUCUAUCUUACACUGUAUGGAUUUUGCAACACGGUACGUAUAAUUUACGCGUCCUUUUCUAUGGUUUUCGACAAAUGAAUGGUUGAUGUAGAUGGAACCUGAACGCAUCGUGAAAAUGAAAAUAUUGAAUUCUACCCAACUCAUCAUUCAGACAAAAUUUCCCCCACCUUCUUCCUGAUGGACACUUUUGGGUCAACAAUCAUCUCCCUGUUGGUCCCCAUGUAAAAUCAUCACCUCAUUCUGGAAAAAUGUGAACUUUUUUUUCCACAUUAAAAAAAAAAAGAUAGAUGAUGAAUUACCAUAUAAUGACAUUUUCAAAUAUGUUUUUAUUGUGGGUAUGAACUAUCAUUUUGUUAACCAUACACAAUAUUUCCCCCCCACAAAAAGGACAAGUUUAUUCCCCAUAUUUUUUUGUGUUGAAAUUACAACUGCAUUACAAAUAUUUACACAUCAAAUUGUAUUUUUCCACCCAUUAUAUGAAUUUUUGUGGUAAAAUGACUUUUUUUCGGGCAAUUAUCCAACUUUUGUGCAAACGACGUUUAAUUCCCCCAAAUCAGAUUUUUUUUUAACCACCCAACUUCCUCUCGCUUGCUCGAUCUUCAUCUUUUUUUUUGGGUGUGGAGGUCGGGGGGGUCGACAAUCAUCUGCCCAUCAUCCAUUUCUGGUGAUGUGCUUGUUUUCCACACCAUUUAGUUUUGGGCCGUGACAAUCCCUUAGUGGAGUGCAUGUGUUUUCUUUUUUUGUCGACCUGCAGUGCAUGUUCUUUUUAUUUAUGUUCUUUGAAGUCUAAUUUUUUGUACCGAGCCCCAGACAUGAAUUGGGGGACACACAAAAUUACUACAUUUAAAUUUGUAACCAUGAAAAAGUAUCAUGGACCCAAAACACGACUUUCUUGACUACCGUGAACAACUGGCACAUCUGGGUAAACAAAUGGAUCGUGCCCGGACUAUGAACUGCACAUCCUCUUCUUUGUAAUGAGGGUGCUCUCAUUUUGCUUACCUAAAUGUCCAGGAAUGAUCAUUACAGUACUUUUGUAUUUUGUGUGCACUUUAUAGAUAAUUUGUGGCCACAAAUUAGUGUUUAGUGAAUAAAUUAUAAAGUCUUUCUUUUCCAACCCCGCGCUCCCACAAUGUUACAUGUGUUGCUACUUCUGCAGGCAUGCUGGGAUAGUUUUUCCUGUUUUCCAACACCACCCUGGAUGCGAGCAGCGUAGUUUUCCCCCCUUCUUUGAUUUGAUUGAGUUUUUAUUUUUCUUCCUUUUUAAUGUAUUUUGUUUUGAUUCUUUGGUAGCCUUGAAAUGAAGCAAUGCUCUUGUUUGUAUAGCAGGCGUUUUUUCUCAACUAGAUGUACUGUACGUCUAAUCAAAUGCCAAAUAAAUGAGACACCGUGCA